AUGUGCCGCACAUUUCUGAAGCUGCUGAUCCUGGUAACACUCGGGUAUCGAUCAGGUGCCGAAGAUGUUUCCUGCCCAGAACAUCAGAGGGCCUUUCAAGGCUCCUGCUUUGAGUUUGUAGCUCACUAUCGCUCCUUUGUCGGUGCUCAAGCCUGGUGUGAGGAGAGCGGAGGACACCUUGCAUUCAUUCAAGAUGAAAACACUCAAUAUUUCCUCCAGAAGCACCUGGACUCUGAGAGGGACACGUGGAUUGGAGUCGCACGUGCUGCCUCUCUGAACUGGCAGCAUUCUGCCACAGCUGAAGGUCCUCUUUCUUGGUUGGAUGAUUCACAUAUCACCUUUUCAAACUGGGCCAGCAGCCCACAGCCUGGAGCGGCUUGUGGACACAUACUCAAACACUCAGGCUUUCAGUGGGAAGCCACGAGAGACUGCGACAAAAAGCUGAGCUUCAUGUGCCAGUUUGAGUCUAGGAGAGCCAUAUUGUGUGCGGGCCAGAACAUCGCUCUGCAAUGUGGUUCUGGCAAAGUGCUGGUGAUAGACACCGGUUUCUAUGGUCGCAACAACGUUCAUUACUGUCAAUCCACAACCUCCACAGCAACAACCUCAACACAGCAGUGUGGCUGGGUGAAUGUUGUGGAAUCGCUUACAGCCCACUGUCAGGGCCGUCAGGUUUGCCAGGUUGCUGAAGCUGUGAACUCCUUUGGUGAACCCUGUCCUCCGCUGGGGAAUUACCUGUCAGUGGAUUACCACUGCGAAGAGGGGUUCACACUGACAAUGAACAGCGUGGCUGCUGUUUUUACUGACGUCACCAUCAUCAUUAAGUGGCUCUUAAAACCGUCAGGGGGAAAACCUCUGUGCCGCCUGAGCACCGGAGAUGGCCACAUUUUCCAUGUGGACAGUCCAGUGGGGUUGGAGAGCAGAGUGAUCCACAGAUAUACUCACCCGAGCACGUGUGUUGUGGCGGUUGACUGCACCACGGAUGACAUGCACGUCACAUCGCAGAAAAUAAUUACCAUCCUGGAGCCGGUCACAGACAUUAGUGUCACCAGGUGCUACGCUGGAACGCAGACUUUCCAUGCAACCGAUUGCAAAGCGCUGUAUGGAGGAGCAUUUCAAAUGCAAAUGGCAGUAAAAACAGGUCUAAAUAUAAGCUACAGAAUCCAGAGUGAGGAGACUGUGUUCCUCGGUUUCUUUGUGGUGAAAGGAAACGUUUCUCAUAACAUCACUGUGAUGCCAGAGAUGGCGAAGCAGCUCGAGCCCGGCUGCCACCAACUCAGGAUUUAUGCAUCUAACAAGGUCACGUUCCCUGAAGUGUCCACAGACCUGCAGGUGUGUAUUUUGGAGCAAGUGGCCGGGCUCCAGGCGUCCUUGUUGACAGAUGCGGGAUGUCUGCAUUCUUCAGAUAUUGCUGUUGGCGUUUCCCUGGAACAUGGAGCGCCUGCACUGCUCCUCUUCUCCCUGACAGGAGACAACAGCAGCUCAUUCUACGAGACCAGAGACAUGAAUGCAAGGAAAGCCAUUUUUCAAAUUGGUCAACCAAUUCAAGGUAACCCCUGUAAGUGUGCAGGGGCAUUUGAGAGGCUGACUCACGUCAUUGAAGACAACUGCCUACCAGAUCCGUUUGAAUUUAAUAAAUAUCAUUUUAAAGUGAAAGACAAAGCUAAUAAUGAGGUGAAAAAGGAGGAAGCCAUCUGCAUCAUCCUUAACCCCAAGAAAGAAAUAAAAAAAAUUAGCCGCUCCCCCCGCUACAGCCGCUCCCCCCGCCACAGCCCCUCCCCCCGCCACAGCCCCUCCCCCCGCCACAGCCGCUCCCCCCAAUACAGCCGCUCCCGCCAUUACAGCCCCUCCCCCCGCUACAGCUGCUCCCCCCAAUACAGCAGCUCCCCCCGCUACAGCCGCUCCCCCCAAUACAGCCGCUCCCCCCGCUACAGCCGCUCCCCCCGAUACAGCCGCUCCCCCCGCUACAGCCGCUCCCCCCAAUACAGCCGCUCCCGCCAUUACAGCCGCUCCCCCCGCUACAGCCGCUCCCCCCAAUACAGCCGCUCCCGCCAUUACAGCCGCUCCCCCCGCUACAGCCGCUCCCCCCGCCACAGCCGCUCCCCCCGCCACAGCCGCUCCCCCCGCCACAGCCGCUCCCCCCACUACAGCCGCUCCCGCCACUACAGUCGCUCCCGCCACCACAGCUGCUCCCGCCAUUACAGCCGCUCCCCCCACUACAGCCGCUCCCCCCACUACAGCCGCUCCCCCCACUACAGCCGCUCCCGCCACUACAGUCGCUCCCGCCACCACAGCCGCUCCCGCCAUUACAGCCACUCCCGCCAUUACAGCCGCUCCCGCCACCACAGCCGCUCUCGCAAUUACAGCCGCUCCCGCCACCACAGCAACUCCCGCCACUACAGUACCCGUCACGAUCAGUGCCUCUACAAUCAUUGCUACGCCAAACACUGGAACCACGAUCAGCGGUACGCCGAACGCUGGAACCACGAUCAAUGCUACGCCAAACACUGCCAACACGAUCAGUGCUACUCCGAUCACUGGAACCACGAUCAGUGCUACGCCGAACACAACCACCACCAUCAGUGCUACUCCGAUCCCUGGAACCACGAUCAGUGCUGUGCCAAACACUGGAACCACGAUCAGUGCUACGCCGAACAGUGUCACCACGGGCACUGCCACGGAAAAUAUUGUCAAUAUUGUUUUAAGGCUCACGGUAACUAUCUGCGUUGCAGCAAUAAAAAUGACGUGGCAUUCGUCUUCCUUCCUCUUGGAGACAGCAGUAACAACUAUAACCUGAUUAUCACAGCGACUGUAAAAAAUGCCAUCUUUGUUGUUAGCACCACCAUAACAGCACAGGUGCUGGAUUCAGCAGGAGGCUCCGGCUCCUCAGUGGAUGAUCUGAAGUCGACAGUGGAGAAUGCUGUGGCAAAGCUGAAGAAACAAGGUCUACUGUCAGGAGAGACAAUCGCACAAAUCAUCAGUUCUGUGUCCGACAAACUGAGCAGUCAAUCGGAUGAUUCAGGGACAGCUGAAAGGGAACAGCUUCGGGAGCAGAUGCUGCACAUGUUGACUGAUGCAGUGAAGGAGGUUCCCAUCAUCACUCCACAAGUGGUUCAGGUGGUCGCCAGAAGUCUGACUGCUGUCAUCGCCAAAGAAGUCAGCUCCACUGCUCAGGAGGAAGCCUCUUUGUUAUUUGUGAACCUCAGCUCGUCCCUCCUCCACAUGGAUGUGAACAAAAGUGAAGAAAGCAAGAAGGAAAUGCAAAGUGCAGCCAGCGCCAUUGUAGAAGGAGCGAGCAAUAUCCUGGACAACUCUUCCAAUAAAAACGUCUCUGAUGCUCUUCUAGUUGUACUGAACAAUAUCCAGAGUGCACUGCUGAUAUUCCAAGCUAAUAACGGGAUGCCGACUGUUAUCCGUAAAAAUAAUAUAGCUGUUUACGUCAAUAGAGUGACGCCAGGAAGAUUGCACAUGGCACCUUUAACGUUUCCAAACUGUUCCUGCCCAUCGUUUUCUCUCCCAUCUCUACCCUCCGACAUAUUUCCUUCAGAUGAAUCAGUGGAUUUACGAAUGCUGACUUUGGAUAAAAAUCCGUUUUCCUGGAACGAGAGAGGGAACAUCACCAGCCAAAUUGUUUCUCUGUCCCUCACAAAACAAGAUGGCUCCACUAUCCAUUUACGGGAUUUAAGUGAGGACAUUGAGAUUAGGCUGCCAACGCCUGUGGGGGGUCAGGUGAAUGCCUCAGUUCUGGACCUGGGAAACUACAGCACCACAAUCAUUGACAUUCCUUCAGCUGACACUACUCUGGUGAUAAAGAUGGUGCCUUCAGAAGAUCCAUUACCCUUCAAGCUGCUCCUUGGCUAUAUGAGCUACCCCACUGAAGCAAGUUACGUUGCAAUGACAGAGAUGCCUCAAGAGGGAAAAACACAAGAGGAGAGAUACACGUGGCUUGUAGAUGCAAAGAAGCUCAAAAUGGAAACUGGAGUGCACUAUCUUGUAGUGAGGCCCAUUGUAGGACCAGGCAUAAAAUCCAUCAAUGCCACUUUGUCGAUCAUCUCCAUCUCUGUCGCGUGUAAAUUUUGGAAUGAAUCAAUGCUGGAAUGGAGCAACAAAGGAUGCAGGGUGGGUGCACAGACGACCCAUUUAGUCACCCAGUGCUUCUGCAACCACCUCACCUUCUUCGGGAGCUCCUUCUUCGUCACACCCAACCUCGUGGACGCAUCCCGCACCGCUGAGCUGUUUGGGACCUUCGCUGAGAACCCCGUGGUUGUGUGCUUCGUGGGCUCGCUCUUUUUGGCUUAUCUCUUGGUGGUUGUGUGGGCUCGACGCAAAGACAUCCAAGAUGCGGUCAAGGUGAGGGGGUCAGUGCUAGAGGACAAUGACCCCAUGGACGAGUACCGCUACCUGUUAUGUGUCAGCACUGGGCAUCGGAGAGGAGCCUCCACUUCCUCUCAGAUAACACUAACCCUGAUGGGUGCUGAUGGAAACAGCGAGCCUCACCACCUGACAGAUCCAAAGAAGUGUGUGUUUGAGAGAGGGGCGGUGGACAUGUUCCUGCUCACGACACCCUUCUCACUGGGAGAUCUGCAGGGUGUCCGGCUGUGGCACGACAACUCAGGCAGCCAUCCAGCAUGGUAUGUCGGCCAUGUCAUGGUGCAGGAUGGACAGACGGACCAGAAAUGGCAUUUUCUGUGUAACUCCUGGUUGGCCAUAGACAUGGGAGAUUGUUCCCUUGAUAAAGUUGUCCCUGUCUCCACAGAGACAGAUUUGAAGAGUUUCAGUAAUUUGUUCUAUAUGAAGACGACAAAGGAUUUGAGCGACGGACACCUCUGGUACUCUGUGAUCAGCCGUCCGCCGAGCAGCACCUUCACUUGUGUGCAGAGAGUGUCCUGCUGUUUCUCCCUGCUGCUUUGCACCAUGCUGACCAGCAUUAUGUUCUACGGCAUCCCGACCGACCCGUCUGAGCAGACCAUGGACCUGGGUCAGUUUGAGUUCACGUGGCAGCAGUUCAUGAUUGGAGUUCAGAGUUCGCUCAUCAUGUUUCCAGUGAACAUCCUCAUCGUUGGCAUCUUCAGAAACACUCGUCCUUGCGAGACGCCGUGCUGCAAACGCAGAGCAGAAAAACCGGAAGCCAGCUGCUCACAGACCGCCUCUACCGAGAUGAAUGGCCAAGUCACUUUAGACACUAUCACCAAGGACAUAACGAGAAUAGUCCGCUCAUUCUCCAAGAGCAUGAAAAGCAACAUCCCAUCUGCAAAGUCCGAGCUUGGGCCUGGACAACAAGCUGACAUCAAUGCUCUCCUUUCUGUGGUGAAGGAUUACAUCAGCCAGAUUUAUAAAACCGGUGACGGCGCAGAGUCGAGGACCGAGAUUGCUCCCGACGUCACUCAGCCUCAGGAACCAGAUUCAGAAAGCGGGGGUAGUGUGCACCCUGUGAUCGACGUGGAGGGCGUUCAGAAGAGCAACAGAACCCAGUAUCUGUACAGGCAGAUGUGCCACAUCGACAGGAAGCUGGGCCUGCUGGGCUCGUCAGGCUUCCCGAGCCCACACAGCUACAGCCGGGCUCUGCAGCAGGUCCAGGGCAUGAAGGUCUUCCUUGAAGAUCAGCUCCUCGCAUCCAGCAGCAUCGGCCCAGAUGAACUCGUCCAAAACAAGUUGAGUCCUGCAGACAGCACCAGUGGAGACGAUCAGAAGAAGAAGGGCUGCUGUCAUGGAGGGCUGCCCUGGUGGUUCAUCUUUGUCGGCUGGCUGCUCGUGAUAGCUACCAGUUGCGUGGCAGGAUUUUACACGAUGCUUUAUGGUUUGAAAUUUGGGAAGGAACGUUCCUGCAGCUGGUUGGUGUCAAUGAUCGUGUCCUUCUUUCAGAGCAUCCUCAUCAUUCAGCCACUGAAGGUGCUGUGUCUUGCAGCCUACUUUGCACUCGUCAUAAAGAAAGUUGACGAGGAAGACAUUCAAAAUGUGGCAUUUGACUCAAAAGCAGGUAAAAGAAAAUGACCCACUAUAUAAUUUCUUGACCAACAAACGAUCCGACAGGACAGGAGUCUUUACGAGCCGCCUCCUCCUGGAGACGUUGAGAGGAUGAAAAGGAUCAAGAUAAUUGAGCAGAAAGCCUUUGCCCUCUUCCGAGAGAUUUUCAUCUACACAGGCUUCCUUUGGAUGCUGCUGCUGGUGGCGUACGGCCAGAGGGAUCCCAAUGCCUUCCACCUGAACAAGCACAUCAGGAACAGCUUCAGUCCAAACACCUCACAAAGCAUGAGUCUCAGGGACGUGUUCACUUGGGCCAACACGUCCCUGCUCAGUAACCUCUUUGGAGUUCAUCCAGGAUUUAUCACGGAUGGAAACUCGAAGCUGGUGGGAAACACUCGUCUUCGUCAACUGAGAGUGCAGAAGAGCUCCUGUCAGAUCGCAGGCUCCAUGCUGCAUCUGGUGCCGGACUGCCAAGCACCGUAUUCAUGGGAGGUGGAGGACAUGGACUCCUAUGACUCUGGGUGGAACCGGUCUGUGGUGGAUAACAACACGCUGAGCACCCCCAGCCCCUGGACGUACCAGACACAGGCCCAGCUCAGGUCCUACCCGGUGUGGAGCAAAAUGGUGCUUUACAGGGGGGGUGGCUUUGUAGCGGUGCUUGGCCCUGAUUUAAAAAAUGCCAGCAGAACCAUCGAGUAUCUGUUCAGGAACAAAUGGCUGGACACGUACACACGGGCAUUCUUUGUAGAGUUCACCAUCUAUAACGCCAACGUCAACCUCUUCUGCAUCGUGACUCUCUUACUGGAGACUGCAGCUGUUGGGGCGUUUCAGUUCCACAGCGAGCUGCAGAGUGUCCGUCUCUACCAGUCCACUGGAAGCCUCUACAUCUUCGUCAUGGCUGCAGAGAUCAUAUACUUGCUUUUCAUCAUCUAUUACGUGUUCGUGCAGGGCAAAUUAAUGAAGCAACAGCGGUGGACUUACUUCAGCAGCAAGUGGAACCUCCUGGAGCUGUCCAUCAUCUUAUUGAGCUUGAGCGCCUUAGCUGUUUUCAUCAAGAGGACCCUGCUCGGAGACCGUGAUAUGACCUACUACCAAAACCACAAAGACCAAUUUCCCAGCUUCUACGAGACGGCCUCGGCAGACUCGGUGCUUCAGUAUCUCAUCGCCUUCCUGGUGCUGCUCGCCACGGUGAAACUGUGGCACCUGCUCAGACUCAACCCCAAGAUGCACAUGGUCACCGCCACGCUGCAGCGAGCCUGGGGCGACAUCUCCGGCCUCCUCGUGGUCAUCGUGAUCAUGUUCACAGCGUAUUCCAUUGCCUGCAAUGUGAUUUACGGCUGGAAGAUCUCCUCUUAUAAAACCCUGGGGGAUGCUCUCCUCACCAUCAUCUGCCUGCAGGUGGGCAUUUUUAACUACGGAGAGGUUUUGGACGACAGCCCUGUGCUUGGUGGACUGAUCAUCGGCUCCUGUAUCGUGUUCAUGACGUUUGUGGUGCUCAACCUGCUCAUUACAGUCAUCCUCGUGGCGUUUAAGCAAGAGCAGCUCAAUCACAAGCCCUCAGAGGAGAAGGAGAUUGUCGACGUGAUGCUGAGGCAAAUCUACAGUUUCUUUGGGAUCAGAUGUAAAGAAACAAAAGAGAAAAGACUCCCCGGAGCCUGA